GCAGGCAGGCAGGCAGGCAGGCAGAGAGGCAGAGAGGCAGAGAGGCGGGCGGUCCUCGCUCUCUCACUGACAGUGCGCUGAACCUCAGUGAGCGAGAGAGUCGGGCAAAAACGAAGGCAGCCAAGACAAGUCGCCUUCACCGAUUGAUUCUACCUUCACCCAUGAAUCAAUCGAUCCAUUCAGCCGUCAAUCCUGACCUUCAUGUGUGUGCCGUGGGUGUCUGUCUGUCUGUCUGGCUGUCAGUCUCUCUACCCUCCCCUCCGCCGCUUCCUCUCCCUCCCACCACCGCCACCCCUCCCUCCCUCGCCCCCGUCAGCCCCCUGCAGCAGCAGCAGCUGCUGCAGCUCGGUGCCUCCCUGCAGCAGCAGCUCAUGGUUGUUGCCAAGGUGGUUGUUCUGGUUCAUCUCUUCCUCCUUCCUCUUUCGCUGCUGCCUCGUCAGCGGCCGGCUGCUCGGCGCCUGCGACGCCCUCCGCACAGCAGCGGCAGCGACACCGCCGCCACCAGCAGCAGCAGCAGCAGCGCCCCUCCUGCCGCCCACCCGCCGAUUGACAGGGUUGAUGUUGUUGUCGACGUAGUUCUCUAAGUCUUGGAGGGCGUUGUUGGACUGGUCCGCUGCUGCCGCCUGCUGCUGCUGCUGCGCGAGGCCGUCCUUGAUGCGCCGGCGCACCCUGGGCGGCAGCAUGUUCUCGCCGCUGCUGUCGUCUGUCUUGCUGUCUGCCUGCUGCUGCUGCUGUUUUGGUUUGCGUUUGGGUUUGGCUCGCGGCUUGGUGAAUGCGGGGGCGGCGAUGGGGGUGACGGGCUGGAGAUCGUAGGGGUACAGACAAUACACAGCUGAUGGAUAGGAUAGACACACAUACAGAGAUGGAGAGAGAGAAUGAGAUGGAGGGACCACGGCACACAGGAUGGGUGUGUGGAUGUGUGUGUGGAUGUGUGUGUGGGGCGAGGGGGUGCGGGAGCUUACAGUUCCUGAAGUCGGCCGGGUGUGUGUCAGAGUCGUACUUGUAUCGGCACGGCAGGUACACACCCACGGGCACACGCUUCCGCUGAUCAUCGGUGUCAACAACACACACACACGCCAUUCCACUGUGUCCACACAAAGGAGCUGUAAGUCUUCUCUCCUCUCACCUCGUCUGUGGUGGGGUAGAGGAGUUUCUCGUAUGUGAGUUGCACGUCGUCUGCGAUGGCUAGGUCGGUCCUCUUGCCCUCCAACAGCGCCUUGAGCUUGUCCAGCCGGUGCUCCUCCAUUAUGCCCGAACUCUUCUCAAACGAACCAACAUACACCUGCUCGACACACAUCGUCACAUUCCCACACGCCAGACACAUCCACCCACCCACCCACCCUUCGUGUGCAGAUCCCCCUCAUGUGUCAUUCCCUCUCCCUCUCCCAUUCCCUCUCCCUCCCUCCCUCUCUCUCGCCUGUCUGUGUGUGUGUAUUGGUGUGUGUGAGUGUGAUGCUGCCAUACCUCCAGCCCGCUGAGUUUGCCGCUGAAUGCCAUUUCAGAGUUGAAGUAGGGGACGGCCUCGAAGCGCAGGCCCUCCGCUUUGACCUUUUUGCUGCUGAACACCUUGCGCGCCGUUGUGAUGUUGUCCAGCAGACACAGCAGUUUGGCGAAGGAGUCGUCCGACACAUCCUUGCCGUGCUUGGAGGUCGAGAUCCGCAGCACCUGAACACACACACAGACAACACACACACAGCGCACAGGCACACAGACUCUCUUUUGGUGUUUGCUGUUUGUUUCUGGUCUUUGUGCAGGAAGCAGUGCUUGUGAGUGUGUUUGUGAGAGUGUGGGACUCUCCUCUCUGCUGCUGUCGACGUGGUGUGUUGCCCACCCACCCAUGGGUAGGUGUCGAGCUGUGCGCUGGUGAGAGCGGAGGACGCCUCGGUGGACUGGUUCGCCACUGAAGACAUGAUGUGAUGACGAUGAGGACGAUGGUGACGUUAGCCAACCCCUCAACUCACCUCACCCCUCACACACGCACAAACCCAUCAUCUCACGCACCAACAAAGGAUUCGCGACUCACCC